CGUCUUGAAAAGCGAAAACACAUAUCUUCUGUUGAUUUCAUAAAGCUUUAAAAACCACCAAUUGCUCUUUAGUGAACUUCAGUCCACUCAUCGCUAGUCAGUUUUAGCACAAAACUAACUACUAUAUUUUCAUUUGUUCAAGACUUCAGACCUUCCAUCUUAGAAGUUAGAAGAACUUGUAUAAUGGAAGAUAAUUCACUUUAUGCUCCUCUGCAAGCUAAUCCACCAUCUGAAACAGACGAAAAUGUUACUCCGAUGGCCAAAGCUGGAGUGUUAAGUAAAUUAACAUUCUGGUGGCUAAACCCGUUGAUGGUAAAAGGGAAAAGUAAAGUUCUCGAUGAAAACGACAUCCCAAAGUUACGAAAGGAAGACACAGCAGAAGAAUGUUAUUCCACUUUCAUGGCGACGCUGGAGAAACGGCGAGCAAAGAGUGUUUCCGGUGGUCAUGGUGAUUCCGAUCCACUGAUCUUAUCAACGUUGUUCGUUUGGCAAUGGAAAGAGCUCGUAAUCACUGGUAUUUUUGCGCUGAUAAAAGUGCUCGCGUUGGCUUCAGGUCCUUUGAUUCUUCGAGCUUUCAUUCAACUUGUUCAAGGGAAUGAAAGUUUCGAGAACGAAGGGUAUUUUCUGACGUUAGGGUUAUUUCUAGCGAAAGUUCUGGAAUCGAUAUCGGAGAGACAACUAAAGUUUCGGACUAGAGUGAUCGGACUCCAAGUCAAAUCGAUGUUAUGUGCAGCGAUUUAUAAGAAGCAACUCCUGCUAUCAAACGAUGCUAAAUUGAUUUACUCCUCCGGCCAAAUCAUGAACUACGCCACCGUUGAUGCUACCAAAAUCGGAGAGGUUCCGUUUUGGUUUCAUAACAUAUGGACAAUCGCUCUUCAGAUAUUUCUAGGGAUUUUCAUAAUAUAUUUUUCAAUCGGAGUAGCAACGAUAGCAGCUUUAUUGGUAAUAAUAUUAACAGUCGUCGGAAACAUUCCGUUGGGGAAAUUACAACAUAAAUACCUAACGAAACUCAUGGCGGCGCAAGACCGGCGGUUGAAGGCCAUAUCAGAGGCGAUUUCAAACAUGAAGGUUCUCAAGUUGUACGCUUGGGAGACGCAUUUCCGGGAGGUGGCUGGAAAGUUAAGAAACGAAGAGAUGAAAUGGUUAUCGGCUGUUAUGACGCAAAGAGGAUUUUUCAUCAUUAUGUUUUGGUCGUCUCCGGUGAUUGUGGCGGUGGUGACGUUUUGGGCUUGUUAUUUGUUUGGAAUCGAGCUUAAUGCGAGUAAUGUGUUUACGUUUCUGGCAACGAUUCGGAUCAUUCAGGAGCCGAUUCAGAGUAUUUCUGAUGUUGCAGCGGUGUUUAUUGAAGGAAGGGUUGCGUUAACCCGUGUUGUUGAGUUUUUACAGGCGCCGGAGUUGCAGAAAGAGGGGAAGAAUCAUGGAAACAUGGAAGAUCGAGCUGUAGUAAUCAAUUGUGAAUCGAUUUCAUGGAAUGAUGAUUCUUCGAAACCGACACUUACCGAUGUAAAACUUGAAGUAUUGAACGGAAAAAAAGUGGCAAUAUGCGGUGAGGUCGGCUCCGGUAAAUCGACUCUUAUCUCCGCCGUUUUAGGAGAGGUUCCGCAUAUAAAAGGCACAAUUGAAGUGAAUGGGAAGGUGGCAUACGUUUCACAAACAGCAUGGAUCCAAACAGGGACAAUUCGAGACAAUAUACUAUUCGGAAAUUUGAUGGAUGAGGAGAAGUAUCAAUAUGUAAUAACCAAAUGCUCACUGGUGAAGGAUAUCGAGAUGUUCUCAUUCGGCGAUCAAACAAUCAUUGGAGAACGAGGCGUAAAUCUCAGCGGUGGACAGAAGCAACGAGUUCAGCUUGCUCGAGCAUUAUAUCAAAAUGCUGACAUAUACCUCUUGGAUGAUCCAUUCAGUGCAGUUGAUGCACAUACCGCAUCAAGUUUAUUCAAAGAAUUCAUCAUGGAAGCUUUAUCGAGCAAGACGGUGUUACUUGUAACUCACCAAGUCGACUUCCUGCCUGCUUUUGACGAUAUCCUACUAAUGGCAGACGGGAAGAUUGUUGAAACAGGAACCUACGAUAAAUUGCUUGAAUCCAGUAAGGAGUUCCAAAACCUUGUGAUUGCACUUAGCGAAACUUCUGGUUCAGAUAACCAAACAGUCGAUAACUCUCAACAAAAAUCCAAAUCUCCAAUUCAAGAAAUUGAAAAAAUUAAGCCGAUACAAGAGAUAGAACCAUCGAUUGGGGAACAACUAAUUAAGAAAGAAGAACGAGAAGCAGGGGACACAGGAAGGAUCAUUAGCAGGGUGUCCUCGGAUCUCAGCAUCGUGGAUCUUGAAUUAGCAGUAAAGCUUACGUUUACUGUAGGUUCAACAGUGAACACAUACUUUACCCUUGGAAUCUUGGCAGUUCUAACUUGGCCUAUCUUGGUCAUUAUCAUUCCAACGGUUUAUCUUACCAUACUUCUGCAGAAAUUCUAUUACGCAUCUGCAAAGGAGUUGAUGCGAUUAGAUGGCACGAGUAAGUCAUUAGUCACUAGCCAUCUUGCACAAUCUAUUGCUGGAGUGGUUACCAUUAGAGCUUUUGGCGAAGAAGACCGUUUCUUUGUAGAACAUUUGAACCUUAUUGACAACAAUGCAAGUCCAUUUUUUCAUAGUUUUUCAGCAAACGAGUGGUUGAUCCAACGUCUGGAAAUGCUUUGUGCGCUUGUUAUUGCUAGCUUUGCACUAGCCAUAACUUUGCUUCCAUUUCAAGCAUCUGACUCUGGACUUAUUGGAAUGGCUCUUUCCUACGGGCUCUCAUUGAAUGUUUUCGUUGUUUUUUCUGUCCAAGUCCAAUGCCAACUAUCAAAUAUGAUAGUUUCGGUUGAAAGACUAGAGCAAUACAUGCAUAUCCUUAGUGAAGCCCCAGAAAUCAUAGAAGACAACCGCCCCUCAAGCAACUGGCCAAGUACGGGUAGAGUUGAUAUCCAAAAUCUAAAAAUAAGAUAUCAACCGAAUUCCCCGUUGGUUCUUCAAGGAAUCAGUUGUGUAUUCGAAGGAGGAAACAAAAUUGGAAUUGUUGGAAGGACAGGGAGUGGAAAAACAACUUUAAUCAGUGCUUUGUUUCGCCUAGUUGAACCUACAGAGGGAAGAAUCAUUAUAGAUGAAUUAGAUAUUACUACAAUUGGACUCCAUGACCUUCGAUCAAAUUUUGGUAUUAUUCCACAAGAGCCAACUUUAUUCAAUGGAUCCAUUCGUUACAAUAUUGAUCCUCUUGGAGAACAUAGUGAUCAAGAAAUAUGGCAGGUUCUUGAAAAAUGCCAACUUCGAGAUGCAAUUCAAGACAAAAAAGAUGGGUUGGACUCGUUGGUUGUGCAAGAUGGAUCGAAUUGGAGUUUGGGACAACGACAACUGUUUUGUUUAGGAAGAGCUCUUUUAAAAAGGCGAAAGAUACUUGUACUUGAUGAAGCCACAGCUUCAAUCGAUAAUGCAACUGAUACAAUUAUUCAAAAAACUAUUCGGGAAGAAUUUCAAGAUUGCACAGUAAUUACAGUUGCACAUAGAAUACCAACUGUUAUAGACUGCUCAAUGGUACUUGUUAUGAAGGAUGGAAAGGUGAUGGAGUAUGAUGAACCCUCGAAAUUGAUGAGCCAACCUGAUUCUUUAUUUGCACAGCUUGUUAAUGAAUAUUGGUCACAACAUAAAACCUCAUGA